UUAAUAAUAAUAAUAAUUAAUCAUAGCCAACAUUCCAUGGGUUCUUUGCUUGAGCUAGGCAUGGUGCUAGCUUUACCCUAUUGGUAAGUAUGUCUCAUUCUCUCACCAGCUCAGGAGGUGGUUGAGAAAAACUUAAGCCCAGGGAGACCAAGUGGUCCACACAAGGGGCUUCACCUCUUUGGACCUCAUUUCCUACAGUGGUGGAACAGGAUCAUAGGGAUCACAUGGACUGCCCACCACAAAAGGCAUCUGCUAGGAUGAGCCUAUUAGCCAGGCACACAAUGGUUAACUGCCAAGUCUGGCCAAGUGCCCAGCAAAGCUGGGGCUGGAGAAUGAAUUUCUUUCAUUCUCCCAGUUGCUGGGAGAUUUGGCAUGGAGAGAUUUGAGAAGAACCGAGCACAAAAGUUACUAGGAUUGCUGGGGGCUUGCCUUCCAGGCAGUGCCAGGCCCAGAGAACUUACUUCUCCAACUUACUUUCCCAGAAGAUUUGAAAUUGGCCCUUCCACCACCAGCAGGAGCCAGAGGAAGCCUGGAGCUCCCAAGGAAAACCUCCGUCCUUCCUGAAAAACCUAGUCUUGCUUAGUGGUCUGUGGUGACAAACAAGAGGCGAGAAAGAUGGAUAAUUUGGAUGAGUCUGCUGAAGGGACAGUUAUUUCUUGAGCACCUACCAUGGGGCCAGACACGUCAACCUCGGCAGACAGUCUCAAAGUCAUGGACGUCAUGUUCUUGCAGGAAAGACAAAUGGUAAACAAGCAAGGAAGAAACAACUGGUGAUAUGGACGCAGAGAGGGAGGCCCUGCAGAGCACCGCCUACCCAGAAGUGCAGACCUUCUGCCAGAAGCAUGGCCUGAUGUUCGAGGUGGUUGAUCUGAGGUGGGGUAUCCAGAACACCGAGGCCACUGACCACAUGACCACAGAACUCUGCUUGGAGGAGCUUGACCGGUGUCGGAAAACAUCCAUAGGGCCAGCUUUUGUCGCCCUCCUAGGUGACCAGUACGGCCCCUGUCCCAUCCCCACGCUGAUUGAGGAAAAGGAGUGGGAGGCGCUGAAGGCUCAGCUGACCGCGAGUCCACGUGAUCUGGAGCUGGUGGCACGACGCUUCUGGAGGGACGAGAACGCUGUGCCCCCCACCUACCUGCUGCAGGCCCCAUGCACUGGGGAGGCCCGUGGCCCCGAGGAGGCCACCCUGACCUCUGUCCUGCGCACAGGAGCCCAGGAGGCCCGGAGGCUGGGCCUCAUCACCCAGGAACAGUGGCACCGCUACCACCGAUCAGUCAUUGAAUGGGAAAUAGAACGGGGCCUGCUGAGCUCAACAGAUGGGGACCGGGGGGUGACUGUCUUCCUGAGAGAGAUCCAGGACCUCAACAAACACAUCUUGGAAGACUGUGCCCUCAAGAUGGUAGACCGGCUCAUGGACGGCUGCCUGGACACAGAUGCCCAGAACCUCCUCAGCAGCCUCAAGGGGCGCAUCGCCAACAAGCAGCCUGGAGUUCUCAAGGCCCACCACCUGACAUGGAGUCGAGAUCUGGUGAACCCCAAAAACAAGGCUCACGCCCGGUACCUGAAGGAGCUGGGGGAGCAGUUUGUGGCCAGGGCUAACUAUCAGGUCCUCGAGCACCUCCGAGAGCUGGAGGUGGGCAGGCAGGAGUUGGCAUGGCUCUACCAGGAGAUCCGCCACCACCUAGGGCUCAGUGCUGAGGCCACCAGGACCUUCUGUGGGCGCCAGGAGCUACUGGCCCAGCUGGGGCAGCAGCUCAGGCUUAGUGACAGCCAGCCUCACCCGCCUCUGGUGCUCUUUGGACCCCCAGGCAUUGGAAAGACUGCUCUGAUGUGCAAGCUUGCUGAGCGAAUGCCAGGGCUGCUGGGCCGCAAGACAGUGACUGUUCUGCGCCUUCUAGGGACCUCACAGAUGAGCUCCAAUGCCCGAGGCCUGCUCCACAGCAUCUGCUUCCAGGUGUGCCUGGCCUACGGACUGCCACUGCCCCCUGCCCAGGUCCUGGAGGCCCAUGCCAGGGUGGUCCAGUUUUUCCAUGCCCUCCUCCAUACUGUCUCCUGCAGAAACUUUGAGUCUCUCGUGAUCCUCCUGGAUUCGGUGGAUGAGGUGGACUCUGUCCACCGUGCUCGGAGGAUUCCCUGGCUGCCUCCCAAUUGCCCUCCCAGGGUCCACCUCAUCCUCUCAGCCUGCUCAGGACAGCAGGGGGUUUUAGACACCAUGCAGAAGGUGCUCACAGACCCAGGGGCUUACUGGGAGGUGAAACCUCUCUCCGGAAACCAGGGACAAGAGAUGAUCCAGCUCCUGCUGGCAGCCUCAAGGAGGACGCUGAGCCCCAUGCAGAGGGACCUGCUCUGGGCCAGCCUUCCAGAGUGUGGACACCCAGGGCGGCUGAGGCUGGCCUUUGAGGAGGCCAGGAAAUGGGCCUCCUUCACUGUGCCGGCCCCUCUGGCCUCCACUUCUAGGGAAGCAACGCACCAGCUGUGUGUCCGUCUGGAGCAGACACACGGGCAGCUCCUGGUGGCCCGUGUGUUGGGCUACAUUGUAUCUUCCCGGCAUGGGCUCUCGGAGGCAGAGCUGAAGGAUGUCCUGUCCUUGGAUGAUGAAGUUCUGCAAGCUGUGUACCAGGACUGGACCCCGCCCAGCAGGGAGCUGCUGCGUUUCCCACCCCUGCUGUGGGUGAGGCUUCGUCGAGAUCUGGGUAUCUGCUUGGCCAGGCGGCCAGUGGAUGGCUUCUUGCUCCUGGCCAUCGCUCACAGACAGCUGGCCGAGGUGGUCCAAGAGCGCUACCUGUCUGUGCCCGAGAAAGCCAAGAGUCACGGAGUCUUGGCUGACUUCUUCUCAGGGGCCUGGAGCCAGGGCACCAAGAAGCUCAUCACCCUGCCACUCGUGGGAAAACCCCUGAACCUGGACCGCAAGGUGGCCCCUCAGCCUCUGUGGUUCUCAGAUGCAGUUGCGAACCUGCGGAAGCUGAAGGAAUUACCCUAUCACCUGCUCCACUCGGGCCGCAUUGAGGAGCUGAAGCAGGAGGUGCUGGGUAAUAUGAACUGGAUUUCCUGCCGGGGCAUCUCAGGGGGCAUCGAGGGCCUGUUGGAUGACUUUGACCUGUGUGCCCCUCACGUGGACUGUUCUGAGGUCAGCCUGGUCCGGGAAGCCCUCCAGCUGUGCCGCCCAGCCGUGGAGCUCCGAGGCAUGGAGAGAAGUGUCCUGUAUACAGAACUUCUGGCCAGACUCCAUUUCUUCGCUACCUCGCAUCCAGCACUGGUGGGACAGCUGUGCCAACAGGCGCAGAGCUGGUUCCGGGUGAGCCCAUUCCCUGUGCUGGUGCCCCUCGGAGGGUUCCUCCAGCCUCCAGGAGGACCCCUCCGGGCGACCCUCACUGGCUGUCAUAAAGGCAUUACAGCCAUGGCAUGGAGCCUGGAAGAGAAGCUGCUGGUGGUUGGCACCCAGGAGGGCAUGGUGGCUGUGUGGGACAUGGAAGAGCAGCAGGUGAUCCACAUCCUAACUGGACACAGAGGAGAGGUGAGGUGUGUGAAAGUAUUUGCCAAAGGGACGCUCGCCAUCUCUGCCUCAAAGGACCACACCCUGCGCUUGUGGAACUUACUCUCUGGACAAGAGAAAAUCACCAUUUGGGAUGGAGGCUCAAAAGAUUCCACUGAACCUCAGAUCUGGAGUCUUCAUGUGGAUGAAUCAAAGAAGGCUGUAUAUUCAGCAUCUAGCUCAAAGGUCAAUGCUUGGAAUCUGGAAACUGGAGAGCUGAUUUUCUGUAUCCUGGGUGACGCCUCCGAACCCUGGGUGUCCACGGCAGUGCUGACUUCCCAGGCCACCCUGCUGACAGCAUCCAAGGGUUGUGUGGUCUGUCUGUGGAGCUCAGACACAGGAAAACUACUGAGGAAGCAACAUUUAUCCAGCAUCAAAGAAGAAACACUUACCUGUGUGGUCUCGGUCCAAAAACAAGGAAAGAUGUUGACUGGGACGAGCAAGGGCUCCAUCUCUUUGUUUUCGUCAGAAGGAGACAGUCUGCUGGAGAAGCUUCCGGAAGCUGUGGGGUUCCUGGUGGUCUCUGAAGAUGAGUCCCUUCUUGCUGCAGGUUUUGGAAGAUCCGUGCGGAUAUUUUUGGCAGACUCACAGGGGUUUCAUCGAUUCAUGGCCACUGACCUUGAACAUGAAGACAUGGUGGAGACCGCUGUUUUUGGUCCUGAAAACAAUCUGAUUGUCACUGGAUCCCGGGAUGCACUCAUUCAGGUGUGGAGUCUGUCAGAACAGGGAACUCUGCUGGACAUCUUAGAAGGUGUUGGGGCCCCUGUAAGCCUGCUGGCCCAGGCUGGCACCUUGGUGGCUUCUGCUUCCCAUCAGUCCUCAUCUUUUAAAGUCUGGGAUCUCGGCUACACUCAGAAGCCAAGGGCCUCUACCCCGUUUCUGGACCGCACUGGCCUCACUGCUGUGUCACACAACGGAAGCUACAUUUACUUCCCUAAAGUUGGGGACAAAAACAAAGUCACCAUUUGGGACUUGGCAGAAGGCGAGGAACAGGAUACCCUGGAUACCUCCAAUGAGGUCAAGUGCCUGGAGGUCGCCGAGCAGACCAAGCUCCUUUUCACUGGCCUCGUUUCCGGGAUUGUCCUGGUGUUCCCCCUGAAUUCCAGACAGGAUGUGAUGUGCAUCCCCCCUCCAGAGGCCCGGAAAGCCAUCAACUGCAUGGCGCUUAGUAAGGACGAGGGGCGCCUGGCCAUCGCUUAUGACAGCAUCGUCCUGGUGCUGGACAUCAGCCCCGGGGAUCCCUGCCCAGUCAUCAAUGGGCCAACAUACACCUUCUAUACCCAGCUGCCUGACACCAUAGCCAGCGUGGCUGUUCUGGCGGAUUAUCGCGUGGUCUAUGGCAUGACCAAUGGUGACCUCUUCCUCUAUGAGUGUGCGAAUUCCAAGGUGUUCCCUCUGGAGGCCCACAGGAGUCGAGUCACCUGUGUGGAGGUCAGCCACAAAGAGCAGCUGGCAGUCAGCGGGUCAGAGGAAGCCCUGCUGUGUCUCUGGGACCUGCAGACUUGCAAGUGGAAAUUCGAGAUGAGCUCCACGAAUUCUUACUGUAGAGGAGUCCAGUGCGCUUGCUUCUCCAAGGAUGACAACUAUGUCUACGCAGGCUUGAAGGAUCGCUCCAUAAUCGUUUGGAGUGUACUGGAUGGCACCCUCCUGGCUGUCCAGUUUGUCCAUGCCAUAGUGAAUAGAAUCAUCCCAACUGCCAAUGGCUUCAUCGCCCCCACCAGACAUGGCUAUCUCAUCCGUGAACGUUUCCAGUGCCCUUCAUCAAGAGUCUCACAGCAGGACCCUCUCAAGAACUUCAAGAAGGCAGUGUGGAUGGUCAAAUCCAGGCAGAGAGAAGAACUGGCGGCUGCUGCAGGAGCACUCCAGGACUCAAGAUCAGGGAGUGCCCAGGGAAAUGAAUCCAAGUCAAAUAAACGUUCACAAGUCUGCUUGCUAGUUUAAAAACCUUCACUGGGCUCCAAUGAGUUAGCCCUGUUCGAUCUGGCUGAAGCAGAGAGAAUGCAUGUUUUGCCAUAUAUCUGGACACACAGCCUCCGAUGAUGUGACCCAGACCUUGCUUCCCAGCCUCUUUCCAUUCUUCUCUCCUCCUCGUCCUCUCCAUUCACAGACCUGUAACUCCCAGGUUAACAACAGGAUAGCCAAAUUCAGUAGAAAAGAGAGUUUCCCUUCCCCAAGUUUGAACCAAAGUCUUGGCUGUGAGUCUGUUAGCCCCAGUCAGCUCAAACACGCAUCCUGGAACACAAAGCCAUCUCUGGGGAGAAUACAGCACUCUGAUUGGUGGGCCUGACCCAAUGCCCAUCUGGGCUGAGGAUGGUGUCAACACCACCCAAUUAUGUGGACUGAGCACAGGAGAAGUUAUUCUCGGAAGGGAAACUGGGAUCUGGUGCCAGGUCAAGGGGUGGGAGGGAUGGAUGGAUAGAUGUGAGACCAACCAAUCCACAAAUAUGGACCACAGAAUUUUAUAGUUUAAAAAGCUCCAGGUGCUAUGGUUGGAUCCUUAUCACAGCACAUACUUCAAAAGGGAAGGCAAGGGUUUCUGCAUCCAUUUACAGAUGAUGAAACUGAGCCUUGCAGUGGUAGUGCUCAAAGUCAUAAGCCAGAGGUGCAAGAGUUCUGAGAAAGGACAGUGUUCCCAUUGUGGCUCAGCGGAAAUGAAUCCAACUAGGAACCAUGAGGUUGCAGGUUUGAUCCCUGGCCUCGCUCAGUGGGUUAAAGAUCUGGCAUUGCCAUGAGCUGUGGUGUAGGCUGCAGCAACAGCUCCGAUUAGACCCCUAGCCUGGGAACCUCCAUAUGCUGAGGAUGCUGCCUAUAAAGACAAAAGACAAAGAAAAAAAAAAAAGAGAGUUCUGAGAACAGAAAGCCUAGCUUUCCUGUCCCAGUCCUUGUUGGACCGCCCUACUCCAAUUUUAGACUCAGAAGCACAACCAUCUAUUCUGUGGGUGACACACUCAAAUGUCCACAGGUGUCAGCAAGUAAUCUAGAUGUUUUCUAUGCUCCCAGGGUGCAGUGGAGAGUUAUGGUGACAAUGGCAAUGUGGAGGGUACUGGUGGACCCCGGCCCCCCCAACUUUAUGCCAGAAUUGCCAUGUGGAAAGCAAUGGUGUCACAACUUCCUAUUGCCAUUGGUAAAGCCAGAAAUCCAGACUUUCAAGAGAAACUUUUUUUUUUUUUUUUUUUUUUUUUGCUA